AUGAAAUCUGUUCAUAGUUUAAAGAUGGAUGAAAAACAUAAUCAAACGAUAGGAAUGCUCAAUGAUGAAAAUCAUCCGACACGAACCAGAGUCGUUGAUCAUCGACCAGGAUUACGAAAAUGUUGUUCAUGUUUUUUCUCACCUCUUUGUAAUAAUUUAUUACUUACAUUGACCAUUGCCGGUGUAUUUUUGGGCUUAUUGCUCGGAUUUUUAUGUCGUUUAUCAAAACCAUCCGCCGAAACGGUUAUGAUACUAUCGUUUCCCGGUGACAUUCUUAUGCGUAUGCUCAAAAUGCUUAUUUUACCUCUUAUUACAUCCAGUCUUAUAACUGGUUUGGCUGUACUCGAUCCAAAAUCAAGUGGAAAAUUAGGUAUUUAUGCAUUAACAUAUUACUUUUGUACAACAAUACUUGCUGCUAUACUUGGUAUUAUACUUGUACAAGUGAUUCGACCAGGUGAACGAGGUAAUAAAGCUCAAGUACGUUCGGAACUCUUAGGAGAAGAUCCAAAAGCUGAUCAAAUUACAACACUUGACGCAAUAUUUGAUCUAUUCCGUGUGAAUGGUACAAAUGUGACUAAAGUUAAAUUUAAUACACGUUAUGUUGCUGGUACCAACUUUUUGGGUUUAAUUACAUUUUGCUGUGCAUUUGGUAUAACGAUUGGAACAAUGGGUCAACGAGGAGAACCAAUGUUACAUUUUUUUCUCAUAUUAAAUGAAAUAGUCAUGAAAUUAAUUAAACUUGCCAUGUGGUAUUCUCCAUUCGGUAUCAUGUUUUUAGUUGCUGGAAAAAUUCUCGAAAUUGAAGAUUUACUUAAAUUAGCUCAAAGUUUAGGAAUGUAUGCAUUAACAGUAUUAACUGGUUUAGCUAUACAUUCAUUGGUUACAUUACCAUUAAUAUUUUACGUUAUAACACGUCGAAAUCCAUUUGCAUUUUAUAAAGGAAUGCUUCAAGCUUGGUUAAUAGGUAUUGGAACAGGUUCAAGUGCGGCAUCAUUACCUGUAACAUUUCGAUGUUUGGAAGAAACAUUGAAAUUAGAUCGACGUGUAACACGUUUUGUAUUACCAAUUGGAGCAACUGUUAAUAUGGAUGGUACGGCUUUAUAUGAAGCUGUUGCUCCAGUUUUUCUUGCACAACUUAUGGGAAGACAAUUAGGUAUUGGUCAAUUAAUUAUUGUUAGUUUAACGGCAACAGUAGCUUCAGUUGGAGCUGCAUCAAUUCCAUCGGCAGGUCUUGUUACAAUGCUUUUAGUUAUGUCAGCUGUAAAUAUUCCUGCAAAAGAAAUUACAAUUAUAUUUGCUAUUGAUUGGGCUUUAGAUCGAAUUCGUACAUCAGUUAAUAUAUUAGGUGAUGGUAUUGGAGCUGGUAUUGUUGAUCAUCUUGUUCGUAGUGAAUUAGGUCCAACUGAACUCGAAGAAGGAGAAAAUACAAAUAAACCUAUUCAAGUUCGAACAGCAUCAAGACUUAGUGCUGCACGACGUUUGACGAGUCAUGAGGAUUUUACUGAAACAGCUAAACUUUAA